AUGAAGCCAUGGACCAUAGGAUCGUUCUUAGUCUGUCUGUCCCUGUGUCACAUCAGUGGAUCAGCGGAGCAAGAGGGAAAUCAAGCCGGUUGUAGCACUACAGCUAAUGACAUUGUGUACAUCAUCGAUGGCUCCUCCAGCGUGGGUGUGCCAAACUUCAACACAGCCAAACAAUGGCUCAUCAACAUCACCAGAGGCUUUGACAUUAGCUCUAGACACACGCAGGUGGCUGUAAUCCAGUACAGUGACACUCCACGUCUAGAGAUCCCACUGGGGAAGCACCAAAGCAGCCAAGAGCUCCUUCAAGACAUUGCCAAAAUCAGCUAUCUUGGCGGCAAGACCCAGACAGGACGUGCCAUUAAAUUUGCCACAGACCAUGUCUUCUCUAUGCCAAACUACACCACUAAGCCCGCUAGGAAUCGUAUCGCUGUGGUGCUGACAGACGGACGGUCGCAAGACGAUGUUGUGGACGCGACAAUGGAGGCAAAAGCCCAGAAUAUUGUCCUGUUUGCUGUGGGUGUAGGGAAUGAGAUAACUAACUCUGAGUUAGUGUCCAUGGCUAAUGAUCCCCCUUCCACUUAUGUGCUGUCUGUUGAGGACUACACUUCCAUAGGAAAUAUACGAGACGUGAUGGAGCAGAAACUGUGUGAGGAAUCUGUGUGUCCCUUCACGAUCAAUGGGAAUGCCAACCAGGCUAAGGGCUUUGACUUAAUGAUCUUGAUGAAAGCUGACCAGAUGGCUAAGAAGGUUCAGGGCUCCUUGAUCUCAGAGACAGCCUACUUGCUGAGCUCUCGCCUGGACAUCACCGAAAGUACAAGAGAGAUAUUUCCGGAAGGCCUCCCUCCGGCCUAUGUAUUUGUGGCUACCCUGCGUGUGAAGAGCCCUGCUAACCGUAUGAAGUUUGACCUUUGGAGGGUCCUCUCUCAAGAUGGAAAUAAACAGGUUGCAGUAACACUCAAUGGAGCAGACAAGUCUGUCGUGUUCACCAGUACCAGCACUCAUAAAAAGGAGCAGUAUGUCAUAUUCAACGACAGAGGAAUAAAGAGACUCUUUGACUCAGACUGGCACCAGCUAAAGUUUUUGGUUAAACCCAAGCGUAUCACCUGUUUUCUUGACGAUGUACACAUUGAAGAGCAGCUUCUGGAGCAGAUGUCACCCAUCUAUAUAAAUGGGAGAACACAGCUGGCCAAGAAAGUCAACAUGGAGACCACAGUUCCUAUAGUGCUCCAGAAACUGAGAGUGUACUGCGACCCUUCACAAAGUGAGAGGGAGACAGCGUGUGAGAUCUACUCUGUGGGCGAUAACAGAUGUCCAGUGGAGCGUGCUUUAGGAAGUUGUGACUGUCCCAGUGGAAAACCUGGGAUCCCUGGCCUUCCUGGCCCCAUGGGAUUCCGAGGUGAGAAGGGGCGAGAGGGACCCCCAGGCCCUGACGGUAAGCCUGGAAAGCCGGGAGAGAAUGGGCCGCCAGGAGAACCCGGAAUGAAGGGGGAUCAAGGUGAAGCUGGCCCACCAGGAAUGAAAGGGGACAGAGGCCUGAGCGGUCCCAAAGGUGACAUGGGCAUACAAGGUCCUCCAGGUUUGCCAGGGCCUCCAGGACCCAUGGGAGAUCAAGGGGAACCUGGGGAACAGGGACCACCAGGAAAACCUGGUCCAAUUGGAGAACCUGGGCUACCUGGUAAAGAUGGCCUUACAGGACCUGUUGGGCCAAAGGGUGAAAAGGGGGAUAUGGGAGAGGCUGGAAGUGAUGGACAGAUGGGCGUUCCGGAUGUGUUUCCAGGUAUUAGGGGCCUUCCUGGAGAGAUGGGGACAGUUGGACCACAGGGUGAGCGUGGAUUACCAGGUCCAACUGGUCUGACCGGGUCAAAAGGACCUCAGGGUGUCCAGGGCCCAGCCGGACCACCUGGUGCAGAGGGCAGAACUGGUCCAAAGGGGAACCCAGGGAUGCCUGGACAGGAUGGACGUCCUGGGACACCAGGCCCUAAAGGGUCUCAGGGUGAACAUGGAGUUCAAGGGCCACCAGGCGAAAGAGGGCUGCCAGGAUUUAAAGGUCAUAAGGGAGAUGCAGGCACCCCUGGCCCAAAAGGAAUUCAGGGAGAAAAAGGCAAUGAAGGUCCGUCUGGGGCUCCUGGGUUGCCCGGCCAGCCUGGACUAAGAGGAAGCAAAGGAGAAAGAGGCAUUGCAGGGGAUCCAGGGGUGAGAGGGGCUGAUGGGAAAAAGGGAGACGUGGGUCCAACAGGACCCUCUGGGCCACGAGGCUUUCCAGGCCAGGAUGGGUUACCGGGACAACCCGGAGUGCCUGGUUAUCCAGGGAAACCAGGAAAGCCGCCUUCAGAGGAACAUUUGAUGAAGAUUUGUGCUUCUGUGCUGCAGAAUCAGCUACCACAACUUCUUCAUAUGGUGGAAUCAAGACGUUGUCAACACUGUGUGACGAUGCGGGGGCCACCAGGUGACCCGGGCCCUCCCGGUCCUGCAGGUCCGAGUGGAGUUCCUGGGCACCCAGGCAGGCCUGGCAUCCAGGGGUACCCUGGUACUCCAGGACGAAGAGGACCACAGGGAGUCAAAGGAGACAUAGGACCCAUGGGUAUGAAAGGUGCCAAAGGAGAAGGGGACGUAGGGUUGCCAGGACCUCCUGGCCCACCAGGGCUGCAGGGACCACGUGGCAACGAUGGGCAUGGAUAUCGGGGCCUCCCAGGUGAUCCAGGGAAACCAGGCUCACCUGGGCCUCCGGGGAAACCUGGUGCCCCAGGGCAAAAUGGGGUAUGUGACCUGUCUUCCUGCUACCAGGCCUACAGCAUAAGAGAAGACCGAUUCAGCAAAGGACCUAAUUUCUAA